ACCAUACACGUGACUUGAAGUUGCCAGGUAGCUGCUGAAGUACGUGAAGUGGGACUUGCUCCCGAGAAAUUCGCCAUUUGCCGCCAUUCGUUUUGCCCCUCGGUUUUGUGGAGUUACAAUUUGAAACGUAAUCGAGCAACAUGCCGGUAAUGAAGAGCUUUCAGGUCACACUCGUGAUCUGAAAGGCGAUGGUCACAGACAGUACCGGUUCCGUGUGCCUCGCGAUCUACCGGCCUUUCUUGGUUGUCAGUAUCACAGCAGCGAUUAAAUUUCUGAGUCUGGUCCACAGAUACUCGGUGAAGUGUGGCGUGACCGAUCCGAGAGGCGGCAUGGGAGAGGCUAAAUCCCCUUGUCAUCCCAGAGCUGAGGGGAGCAUGGACGUGAACUUGGAAGAACAAGUUCCUCAUUCCAGGAGUCAUUAUCCCAAGGAGGCUGUGAAGAAAAGAGUGGGAAGCGUGAGCAGAGACUCCAGGGGAAGCACUUCAUCCCGGACCUCCAGGAAAAGCUUCAGACUGGAUUACCGACUGGAAGAGGACGUGACAAGAUCCAAGAAGGGCAAAGAUGGCAGGUUUAUCAAUCCAUGGCCAACGUGGAGCGCCCCUGCUUUCGGCAACGUGCUGAAGUUUGUUGUGAUGGAGAAAGACCACACAAACAUCCCAAGUUCCAAAGAGGAACUUGAUGAAGGAUUGCCAAUAAAAGAACCAUUCUUUGUCAAAAACCCAGAACUGGUGGGCGAAGUGGGCAAUGGAAUCCGAGUAACGUGGUUGGGACAUGCGUCGCUGAUGGUGGAAAUGGAAGGGCUCACUUUUCUGACAGAUCCCAUCUUCAGCCAACGAGCUUCACCGGUGCAGUUCUUUGGACCAAAGAGAUUCCGAAACCCGCCCUGUACGGUGGAUCAGUUGCCCAAAAUAGACGCUGUGGUUAUUAGUCACAACCAUUAUGAUCACUUGGAUUACAAUACCGUGCUUAGUCUCAAUGAGCGAUUUGGGAGUGACUUGAGGUGGUUUGUGCCGUUGGGUUUGUUAGGCUGGAUGCAGAACUGUGGCUGUGAGAACGUAAUUGAGUUAGACUGGUGGGAAGAGAACUGUGUCCCCGGGCACGAUGAGGUCACGUUUGUUUUUACCCCUGUGCAGCACUGGAGCAAGCGAACUGUAACGGAUGAUAACAAGGCACUGUGGGGCAGCUGGUGUAUCCUCGGACCUUGGAACAGGUUCUUUUUUGCUGGUGAUACGGGUUACUGUGUGGCCUUCGAACAAAUAGGGAAACGAUAUGGACCAUUUGAUCUUGCUGCAAUUCCUAUUGGAGCCUACGAGCCGAGGUGGUUUAUGAAAUACAACCAUGUCAACCCAGAAGAGGCUGUGAGGAUCCACGUGGAUGUUCAAGCAAAGAAGUCUGUAGGAAUACACUGGGGAACAUUUGCUUUAGCCAAUGAGUACUACUUAGAACCACGAAAAAAACUUGAAGAGGCUCGAGAAAGAUAUGGAUUGAAACCAGAAGAUUUCUUUGUUUUGAUGCAUGGAGAAUCAAAGCAUUUAAGUGAGAACAAAGGUUUUCAAUGAUAAAUAAAUUAUAAACAAAGUGUUGUCUCCUCACACAAAACAGUUCGUGUUUGAUACAACUUUCUGAUGCUUGCUGACUUUAAAUUUGGGUGGAACUUCCACUGAAUAAUUUUAGUUUAUUAAUUGUUAUAUUUCAAUUAUCCUUCUGAAUGUGCUCUUAAAAUAAACAUUGUGUACACUUUUCAAAAACAAAGCAAUUUCCAUAAUCUUGAUUGGACCUUCAGUAAAAACUCUGAACAACAGAAAAUUGUUUACUACACAAAUUAAAAGACAUACUGGGCUUGUUUUACGUAAGUUUAAACUGUUAAAGCAAUAUUUUAAAUUGGUGUUUAUUAAUUAAAGUGCAUAUAACAUUUAUUUUACCAAAUGAACAUCACUUGGUUGAUAAAAGCUUUAUGGGUUUUGCAGUAUAAAUUGUCUAAAGGGAACUUGUGAUUGUCUUCCAUUCCAGAUGCACUCCAUCUGAUAUUUGUACGUUUGCCAAAAUAAUUUUAAACUGCAGUUAAAUAAGUGCAUAUUUUGAGCAUGUGAAAUGCAUAAACAUAACUGUAACUAAAUACUAUACAUAAAUAUUUAUCCCAUUUCAACUUCUGUUAGAAUCUUGACUUUGAAAUGGAAGGUUGGCCUUAAGCCUUGUGCCUUGCUACUAUGGACACACUCGUGGUGCACUAAGAUGCAGAUUAUCACGGUUCCUUUCCUGCAUGAAUGAUCCAAUGGGUCUGAGUUUCAUGACUUUUUAUUAUGAAGCUAAAACUAUGCUACAGAACUAGGGUGAAAUACAGAAAUAAUGAUACAAUUUAGGUGUUUGUAACCUCUUACCCAGCUGUUUCAAAUAUGCUUUGCUUUAUUGGUGGCUCUGUCUCAUAUGCUAAUUAAUUCCUUUUGUGGGCUGUUUUACAAUAAUUGAUUCUCCACUCAAACUAUUUUGGAAUUCACAACAAACUGCAGAUACUGGAGACUAGAGCAAAAACCAACUUGAUGGAGGAACUUAGUGGGUCAGGAAGUAUCAGUGGAGGCAGAGGAAUAGUUGAUGCCUUAGGUCAAGAUCUAGGAUCUCGACACAAGAGUCAAUUAUCUCCCUGUCUGACUCACUGAAUUCUUCAUGGUGUUUGACUUUUUUUGCUAGGAGGUAUUUUAACUAUUUAUAGUCAAUUAAAUUUAGAGGUGGUCAGGUUACAUUAAAAGUGGUAAUACCUGCAACUUGGAUUUUUCUUUACCCAUUUAAAAAUAUUAACUAAUAGCUUCCUUUUAAAUAAAUCUACAGCCUUUCAUUGAUAAACAUUAGGUACCCAUGCACCUGUAACUGAGUAUCAACCUUGCAUCUGUGUAAUCAAAUACAAGAGAGAAAUGUGAACUUUUAAUAUAUGUGUAAAAAUGUGCUAAAAUGUAAGAUUUGGAUCAAAAUUAGAUUUCCCAAAUAAAUCAUUCACAUAAAGAUUAAA